CUCUAAAACUUUGCAAUGAAAGUUUCUGGUUUGAGCAAUUCCUCAAUUCUGGGUAAAUUAGCAAGAAAUAAAUUGAAUGUAAUUCCAAUUCCACAUGGAGCAAUUCCUGAACCAAAAGGUCAAGACCUUGAUUUUGUGAAUGUAGCACAUAGCCAUCUUAUACACUCUGAUCGGGAAAAAUUGGAGAAAUUAUCAAGUGGUUUUACCCCAUUUAGAUUUAAGCAUGUAUUGUUGAAGAUUAAGAAGGAUUAUGUUCUUUCUUAUGAGUUUUAUAAAUGGGUUCAGCUCAAAUACCCUAAGUUUCACAACCUUGAAACUCAUGCCAUGAUUCUCCAUGUUUUGACCAAACACCGGAAAUUUAAGUCUUCUCAAUCGAUUAUGAAGGAUAUACUGAGUUCGCGGCGGUCUAUUUAUUUGCCAAGUCAGUUGUUUCAGGCUAUAUUGAACUCGUAUCGAUUGUGUGAUUCGUCUCCUCUUGUGUUUGACUCGCUUUUUAAGACGCAUGCCCAUAUGAAGAAGUUUAGGGAUGCUACCGCGACCUUUUGCCACAUGAAGGAUUAUGGGUUUCUUCCUACAAUAGAGUCUUGUAAUGCUUACAUGAGUUCAUUGCAUAGUUUGAAUCAGGAAAAAGUUGCAUUGGCUUUUUAUAAGGAGAUUCGGAAAAAUGGAAUUUUGCCAAAUGUUUAUACUAUGAACAUGGUUAUUUAUGCUCAUUGUAAGCUUGGUAGUUUGGAAAAGGCCUUGGAGGUGUUUCAGGAUAUGGCAAGUAUGGGUAUCUUUCCUACUGUAGCAUCACAUAAUAUACUUAUUUCUGGGUAUUGCAAUAAGGGCCUCUUCACCUCUGCCGUGAAGCUAAAAGCCUUGAUGGAAAAGAACGGAUUGAAGCCGGAUAGUGUCACUUUUAACACCCUCAUCAAUGGAUUUUGCAAGCAAGGGAAAUUGCAUGACGCGAACAAGGUUUUUAGUGAGAUGAAAGCGGCACGUGUGCCUCCAAAUACUGUAACUUACAAUACGUUAAUAAAUGGGUAUAGCCAGUGGGGUAAUAGUGAGAUGGGAUAUGAACUUUAUGAAGAGAUGCUGAAAGAUGGGGUGAAGGUUGAUAUGGUGACGUAUAAUGCUUUGAUAUUGGGAUUCUGCAAGGAGGGCAAGACUAAGAAAGCAGCCAUUAUGGUUAAAGAAAUUGACAAGCAGAAUUUAGCCCCAAAUUCCUCAACCUAUUCUGCUCUUAUUUUAGGGCAGUGCACGAGAAAGAAUUCUGAACGUGCAUUUCAAUUGUACAAGAGUAUGAUAAGAGAUGGUUGUUAUGCAACGAGUAAUACAUACGAGAUUUUGAUCUCUUCUUUCUGUCAGAAUCGUGAUUUUGAUGGAGCAAUUCAGGUUCUGAGGGAAAUGCUAGGGAGAAGUAUGGUUCCUGGUCCUGAAAUUCUCUCUGAGUUGUGCAAUGGGCUUUGCCAAAAUGGAAAUGAAGAUUUGGCUGUAAGCUUGCGCAAUGAGGUGGAAGCUAGAUGUCGUAGCUGAGGCUGAGGGGUUCUGGAGUUACCUCAAGGUUUUAUUUGAAGUCUGAAACAAAUGGCUUUACAGCCUUCACCUGAUGAGUUCCACUUUUGAGUUUGGUGUGGCAGGAGACGGAUGUUGAGAAACUGCAGCAAAGGGAUUAUUCAAAUCUUAAGGUGGGUCGAAUGGUGUAAGUUAGAUUACACAAAUUCUG